UUUUUUAUAGAAUCAACCAGUACAGGAUGGUUCUGGGACUGGAGAUGCCAUUCAAAUUCAGCCACAGUCUGUGAAAAUCAAGAUUAGACCAAAGAAUCCGGAGACUUUUACAAUGACGUUCAGGUUGGCCGAGAAUUACCCAGUAGAUCUUUACUAUCUUAUGGACUUGUCAAACUCCAUGGCUGAUGACAAGGAGAAACUAGCAGCUCUUGGAAAUAAAAUAGCUGCCAGUAUGUCAAAUAUUACGAAGAAUUUCCGACUGGGCUUCGGCUCAUUUGUGGAUAAGGUUGUAAUGCCAUAUGUUUCUACUGUACCCUCAAAGUUAAACUCGCCAUGUCCUGGUUGUGAACCACCGUACAGUUUUAAGAAUCAGCUUAAAUUGGAUACAGACACCACUUUAUUUGAGGAAUAUGUAAGGAGAGCCCGUGUUUCGGGAAACCUCGACGCGCCAGAGGGAGGCUUUGACGCCAUCAUGCAGGCGGUUAUGUGCAAGAAGGAUAUUGGAUGGAGGGAAGUUUCUCGUAAACUACUCCUCUUCUCAACUGAUGCUGGCUUCCAUUUUGCUGGAGAUGGAAAGCUUGGUGGUAUAGUGAAACCAAAUGAUGGUGCUUGUCACCUUGGAAAUGACGGAAAAUACACUGAAGCUGAGAAUCAGGAUUAUCCAUCUGUCAGUCAGAUCUCCACAAAGAUCCGUGAGAACAGUGUUAACAUGAUAUUUGCUGUGACAGAGGAUCAGCUUCCUGUCUAUAACAGAUUGAGUAAAUAUAUUGAAGGGUCAGAAGCUACUAAAUUGGCAAAUGAUUCAUCGAAUAUUGUACUGGUUAUUGAACAGAAUUACAAGAGAAUCACAUCAAAAGUGCAGAUGAACACACAGUUUGCUGAGAAUAUAACAGUCAAGUUCAGGAGUAGUUGUAAAGGUGGUGAAAUGGUCGAGACUAAUGUGUGUGAAAAACUAUCUAUUGGAGACAGUGUUACAUUUGAAGUGUCUGUGUCUGUUGACGAGUGUCCAGCUGACCCCGCUAAGAGAUCACGAACAUUUUCCGUCUACCCUGUAGGUCUGUCAGAAAAACUAGACAUCACCCUAGAUCUAAUCUGUGAAUGCGAUUGUGAAUCACCUGAUAAUGAGGUAAAGAAUAGUGAUAUGUGUAACAAGGAAGGAACGUACGAGUGUGGACAAUGUACAUGUGAUAAGGGAAGGUACGGAAAGCAGUGUGAAUGUGAUGGCUCUCAAAGUUCUAGUGAGAAAUCUCUCGAGCAAUGUUUCAAUCCUAACUCUACAAGUAAGGUGAUAUGUUCAGGACGUGGGGAGUGUAUCUGCGGUGUAUGCGACUGUUACCCACGACGAGCUCAUUCGGCUCUCAAGUACAGCGGCAAAUACUGUCAUUGUGACGAUUAUUCUUGUAGUUACCAUAACAACCAGCUCUGUGGAGGACAUGGAAGAUGUAACUGUGGUAACUGUGAAUGUAAUGAUGAUUAUAAAGGUGAUGCGUGUGAAUGUCCUAAAUCUAACCAGACGUGUCUUACUACAGGAGGAGUGCUGUGUAAUGGUGUAGGAGAAUGUGUAUGUGGUGUGUGUAAAUGUAAUGCAGAUAGCCAUUUCAAAGGACCAACUUGUGAAGAAUGCCCAACAUGCCCUGGUAAAUGUCAAGAGAACAAGAAUUGUGCCUUGUGCCGAGGAUUUGAGACUGGGGACUAUACCGCUGCCGAAUGCAAAGAAAAAUGUGACCAUGUGACUUUAGUGAACACGAUUAACGAGGAUGAAGUCAAUCAGAAUGACCAGAAGAACAUGUGCCAGUUCAGUGAUGAGGAGGAUGAUUGUAGAUAUUUCUUCACAUAUGAGUAUAAGGAAAAUAACAAGGUGGUUGUGGAGGUACAGAAAACUAAAGUUUGUCCAGAGUCUGUGAACAUUCUGGCUAUAAUUUUGGGUACUAUUGGAGGUAUUGUGCUUGUCGGGCUCAUCUUGCUUCUGAUCUGGAAACUCUACACAACAAUCCACGAUAGACGAGAAUUCGCCAAAUUCGAGAAGGAAACUCAGAAUGCUAAGUGGGAUACUGAAGAUAACCCACUUUACAAUCCAGCGACAACAACAUUUCACAAUCCCGCAUUUGAUCAACCAAAGUAGAAAUAAAGAGGCGAGAAUCCUAUCUAUCAGCAGGCUACAUCUACAUUUAAAAAUCCCACCUACGCUGGUAAAUAAAUUACGUAAAAAUCGGAAUCAUGACAUUUAUAUAGUAAUCUCAGUUAACAUAGACAAAUGUACAAAUACUUUCAUCAAAACUGUGUCUUUACAAUUUUUCAAUUGUGAUAAGUGAAAAAAAAAAUUGAUGCUCGACAACAAUUUAUGGAAGAUUGUUUCGUUCAAAAGUGAAAGGAAAAGUAAACUAAGUGAUAAAGUAGUAAUAUGUUAUCAACUUUGCUUGCUUUGAUCUGGUCUGAUUUAGCUACUGCACAUGCCGGACAGGCCUGACCUAUCUACUUCAUGUUGGGUUUGUCUUGGAUUUUUGAUCGCAGAUUUAUUGUGAAUUCAUAUUAAACAUACUACAGAUUUUAUGUAUAUAAAUACUACAUACACAAUGGACCAUGCAAUUUUAUUCUCCCAGGAAAACAGGUAGUAAAAGUGAUUGGAUAAUUUUGUACCAUACAUUGAAUUACUGUUUACUAAGAUGAUUUCUAAUCACAUCCAUUGUAAAAAAGAAAUGAUACACAUUUUUUAUUGGUUUGUAAAGAAUUUAAAUAUCACAAGUUUGAAACAGAUAAAGAAACUGAACUACAACAAUUAUUUUACAUAUUAAAGUGAUUGGGUUUUUUAAAUGGUAUAUUUCACAGUAAUUCUGUCUUUCUUGACAAAUUGUUAUCCAUAGUUCAUUUUAAAUUCAUGUAAAAUAGAUUGAUGACUUUAACUAGAAUUGGGAUAAAAAUCUUCAAAGUGUUUAUUGCAAUAAGAUAUUUAAAAAGAAGUGUAGAAAUAUUUCAUUUCGGAUUUCAGAAAAAAAAUUUGAACUGAGAUAGUAUUUCAAGCUUGUUUCAUAAAUGUGCUUGUGUUAGAAAGUCAUUGUUCAACCAUUGAGAUUAUGUUAGUAGAAAGCCAUGAUUACAAAUCGAGCAGACGGUUCACAUGGUAAUAAAAUAGUAGUACACAAGUGUUUUUUUAUGAGACAACCGGCCUUGGUGUUAGUGAUAUAUGAACUGCCUUAUCUAUUUGUGAAGUCUCAAAUUUCAUACAGGAAGUUGAUUAACAAAAUAUGUACAGUCUUGAUAUUACAUUAUAGAAUGAUUAAGGUGAUAUGAAAGAUUUGAUUUUGACUUUUCUCUUUUUGGUACUGUCCAUAGAGGAAAUGUUAGAGAAGGAUACUUAGGUGAUAUUAUACUGUUUAAAAAGGUCAGCAAUAGCCGUCGUAAAAUAUUUGUUAAUUUGAUCUGAAUUUAGCUUUUCUUAUAUUGAAUAUUCAUAAAACCGUUCAUUUAAAGUUCAUUGAAUAUUCAUAAAACCAUUCAUUGAAUAUUCAUGAAACUGUUCAUUGAAUAUUCAUAAAACCAUUCAUUGAAUAUUCAUAAAGAAAUAUACAUGUGUUCAUUGAUUAUUCAUGAAAAUAGACAGUUAAUAGAUUUGUAGAAUCAUGGACUGAAGGCUUCAAAUUUUAGAUACUGUUGAGUGAACAGAUUUUAGAUUUAUUGCUAGUUGCAUUGAAUUUUUGUACAUUUAUAAGAUUGCAUAAUGCAAGACAUAUUACAUCAUCAACUGCUUCUAUAUUUAGUAACAUAAAACGUAGUCAUUAUUAUGCAUUGAAUAUAUUAUACAAGUUGCUAUCAUAAUGAAGAAAUCAUCACAUAACCUCCAAUGUUUUUUUUACUCAGUUUUUGGGCAGAAAUAGGCCCCAGUUGACAAAACCAAAAAGUGGUAUCUUUUUUUCACAAUUGUUUAAUGAAAAUUUACAAUUGCAAAAUUUACAAUUUUCAAAAUGUAGUUUUUAAUUAAAUUGAACUAGAUUGGAAUAUAUUUGUACAUAAUGGCAUUACAGUGUUGAUAUUAACUUAUAUAACAAUUUGAAGUGCUGUUGACCCAAAAGACAAAAGACUGGAAAAAAGUGGCCUCUAUUUGUCUCUAUAGCUUUUGUUUAGACAAAAAAGAAAUGUAGUUUCAUUUUAGUUUUUGUUUUUGUUACAAACAUGCAUGGUUAUUGUAUAAAGUACAUAUAAAUCAUGGCAAAAUAGGGAUAUUUUGAAUCGAUUUUAGAAUGAGAUGGAGUUGAAAUGAAGUUUUUGAUAGAGUAUGUAUAUUGGUCUGAUGUUCUGAUUUCUGAUAAUUUAAAAAGCAUUUUAAGGUUUGCACAUUAGAGAAGUGUUGACUAAUCAUAUACACUAGCAAUACAUUCUAUGCAAAUGUGAUGGUAUCAAAAAGGACUUUCUUACUUAAGGCAGUGGGAUGGAAAUGGCAAUAUUUACUCAACAGGCUUUUUUUCCAUGUAAUCAUUUCUGUUGAGCUUAGAUAAGAAAAGAAUAUUUGAGAAAGGAGAUGUUUUUGUAACUAUUUUAGUACUGAAAAAUUAUUAAAUAUUUGGGAAAGCAAUGAAGUUGUUUGGAAAAAAUGUUAAGAUAAUUGGGAAAAUAGAUUAGUUGAUAAUGAUAAGCCAUCUUGGAUUUUUUUUAGCCAUCUUGGAUAAAAAAAAUAAUUUUUCUUCAUUUUUUUAACUCAAAUAUGUAUGAAAAGAUUUGACGAAUAUAUAUCUUUCAGCUAGCUUUAAAAAGAAUUCUCCCAUAUCUAUUAAUAGAAUUAUUGACAAAGGCUGAUUUUUUUUUCUGAAUUUCUUUUGAAAUUAACUUGAAAAUAUUGAGAUGUCAUGGCAAUUCUGCUGUACUUGUCCAGGUAGCUUAUUGAAUUAUGCCAAGUGUUACUAUAAUCUUUACGACCAUUUCCAUGCCUCCAUGUCCGUUUUCAAAAUGGUGCUUUUACUAUCAGCAGUUCAUACUUGUUAUAAACCAAUCAAAUUGAUGCGCUGUUACUGCUGCUUUUUGUAUAUGUUUAUUUCAUUAUAAGUUUUACACUAUACACAUGUAUAUUAUAUAUAUAUGAAAUCAUUGUUGUAAAUUGUGUGUAUAUGUAAGUAUAUUUGAUUUUUCUCCACUCAAACGUUUUUCAUAAACCUUUCUUGAAAUUUCUGAACGUCUUCAUUAUUUUGAAAAUAUUUCAAAGCAGAAAUGCCGAAAUUUUCUUGAAAUUUCUUGGCAGUUUUCAUAACUUUUCAUAAACUUUCAUGAGAAAUUCUGUAAUAAUUUUCAUAGAUUUUCAUGAAACUUGAAGAAUUAUGAUUUUUUUUCUGUGAAUGAAUGAUGGAAUGUCAUUAGCAGUAAAAUGUGAACAUAUAAGCAGCACUUGGAAUAAAGGAGAAAUACUUCAUUUCAUGUUAUGUUUAGAGGUUUAUAUUAUAAACUAGUCAAUUCAGAUUUGACAUGAAAAGUGCUAAAACACAAAUAUAGAAACAAAAGGUUCAAAUGAUUACUGUAUAGUGCUCAUUGAAGUUUUUUUUUUAAUGUUGCAUGAAUACUAUGACUUGAAAACUGAAGAUUCAAAUGGUCAUAUUGUAUUCCUUAAACUGUUUAAAUGUAACACAUUUUGUUAGAACAGAGAUGAUCUGGUCUGUCCAUCUGGCACAUUCUCUUUUCUUGAAGUACUUUCAUUAAUUGGCUGAAAUUUUACAUAAUUCAGUGUGUUGAUAAUACUACCACAGACCUCUACCAGUAGGUGCAGGUGUAUUGGGUCAAGGUCACAGAGGAUAAAAAUAGAUUUAUUAUCUAUUUCUUAUUGUUCAACCAUGUUUUUUUUUGCACUGUCAAAAUGGACUCCAGUGAGCAACCUGAUAACUACCGGUAUUAUUAUUUCAUAGGGAAUAUUUUCGUGUUUGUGUGAUUGCUGUAAUGAAUGUGUAAUGCAUUGUAUUAUGUAUAUUAGUUUUGUAUCAUAUUUUUGCAUAUUUAUUUUGAUAUUGCUUUGUGAAUAUAGCAGGAUUUAUAUUGCCUUUUUUAUAACAGAAAAAAAACUGAAUCUUAACGUUUACUGUAACUUUUUUCAUUGAUUAUUUAAGAAAUUUAUUCUACCAUUUAAUAUUUACCAUUUCUUACUAAAGUCAUUGUGUAUAAGAAAAUCGUCAGAGGAAAGGAAGUUUUUUUGAUAGCACCACCACAUUGAUUGAAUUUUUCUACAUUCUGUGUUAUUUUAUUUUAGCCAAUGCUAUCUUUGAAGAUGCAUUAUUCUGAGAAUUUGUAUAAUUUUAGCUCUUCCAAUCAUUAGUUUGCCAUUUUUUGUUGUAUUUUUAUAGUGCCAAGUCAGUGUGUUUUAUGUUUUGUUAAAGGUGUAUAAGAACAGGGGACAGUAUGAUAUUGUAAUUUGAUAUACCUGAAUAAAAAAAAAUGUUAUGCAGUUUUUUUCCUCUAUAUAUUUUUAGGUGUAAGUAGGGGGCAGGUGGGGGGGGGGGGGGGAGAGGUGGUAAAAAAAGAAGAAAUUUUAAAUUUGCUUGAACUAAGAUUUGAUACCAGAAAUUGUCUUGAGAAAAACUUCUAGUCCCAUCAUGUCAAAAAAGUUUUCAGUGAAAUACCUAGGAAAUUUAGUGGAUUAAAUGGAUGUGUAAAAUUCAGUUUAGAUAUUAUUAUUACCAUACAUAAACCUGUAGAUUUUGUUUGUUUGUGUAACUAUGUCAAUGUAAUUGACAGUUAUGUUAGCUUAUAAGCAUUUUUUAUCCCUCUUUCAAUUACUUUAUGUUGUUUUUUUUUCUUUGGUUUUUGUUGUUUUUAAUAUUUUAUAGUCACUACAUACAUACAUACACAUACUCGUAUAACUAUCAUAGAAAUUAUUAUUGCUAUAUUAGGUAGAUUUUUAGUUAACAGAAGAAAAAAUAUAUGAAGCUAGAGAGAACUUUCCGUUACUUUAAUUAAGAAGUAAAUUUAAGGAGCCAUGUUUUAAGAGCCAGCUCAACUGUCAAAACUGCUGCCUAGCCUGGCUUUGGUGGUAAAAGCAACUUAACGAAUUAUUGAAUUAAAAGGGUGUGUAUAUAUUUCAUAUUGACCCUUAUCAAACAGCUAUACUUAUAAACUUAUUUCUCUCAUUUAAAGACUGAUUUGUUUUAUCAGAUUUUUUCUUAGGCUCUUUGUAAUGCAUAUUUUAUAAUAAAAAGGAAAAAAGUUACCAAAGUAAACAUUUUAUGAUAUCGUAUAUAUAGGUGUUUGGAAAUAAACACUAAGUAGUACAGUUUGUAUUUGGCAUUUGUUGUAAGGUCAGAACUGUUACGUAAAGCUUGAUCUUUUAUUGUAACUUUAAAACAUAACUUGCCCCGAAGACCAGAAUAUGUGUAGUAAAACAAUUAUUUUGAUCCUCUCCGUCCAUCCUGAAAAAGUAGAAAAAUAUUUUAUAUAUGUCUUUAAAAAAAAAAGGAAUAUAAUUUUUUUUUCUUUCAUUUUCAAUUUGAUUUGUCUUUUUAAAAAGUGUGGAUCUUUCUACAUAAAUUUGUUUUAGAAAUAAAAAGAAAAUGAUAAUGAAACUGAUCUUACUUUCUUCAAGUUCUCUGCAUAAAAAGUUUCAAAUUUAAUUACAAGUUUGUUUUUUUAUUUGGUCAUUUGAAGUGUUUUUACUUUGUAAAACUAUUGACUAGUUUUUCAAUUAUAAUUUAAAGAAAUUGUUUACUUAAUCUAAAUAAAAUACAGUAAACAAAAACAUUUUUAGCUUGUCUGUUUCAAAGAAAAAGCUGAGCUUUUAUGAUUGCUGCGUUGUCGUUGUUGUGCAAAAUCAUCAAAGGCACAUUAUGUCUCAGAAAGAAAAAACAUUAAUCUUUAAAAAGUACAAAAAUGAGUUUAAUAACGUUCAGGUAAUGUUUUUAGGGCAUUUAAGAUCCUUAACUAACACCUGAAGAGAUAAGCGCGGAAUGUGAAAUUAUUGGUCAUCAAAGUAACAUUAAAGCAAAUGUAAACAAAGAAGUAUUCUGACUCCCAAACAAAUCACUAAAACACUAUACUAAAAGAAUAAAAAGAUGGUUCAAGUAAUUCACCAAUGAGUACCUUUUUGGAAACUAUAACAGAGUAUGAAAAAUAAAAUGUUUUUGAGAAAAAAUAAAUGCAUUUUUUGGGCACAACGGGCUUAGCUCAUUUCAUAAAAGUUUGAAUACUUGCUUAUUGUGAAAGAGUUAAGUUGUUGGACAAGGUACGUACUUGUGAAAGUAAUAUUUUUGGAGUUAUGCCCCUUUCUAAACAGAGGAGCGUUAAAACUGCAUGCGAUGCUCUUGUUUCAAGUAUGAAUUUUAUCUAGAUGUUUCAUUGAAUGUUAUAAAUCUAUGUUGCAUGAUGAUACGUUUUAAAUUUUUGCAUAAGUAUUUAAAUGUAACCUCAUUAUGAUUGAUAAAAAAGUUUUAUAAUAAAAAUAUGAAAUUA